AUGACAUUAACUAUAGUGGCUACGAGAACUAGGCAUCAUGUCAUCGAUCUUACAUCUGAUGUUAUCGAUCUGACAGCCGAUGACGAGCAGGAAACGGUGACGAGCAAACUGCUCCUAGCUCAGCGCGUCGAUAGGGCAGUGUCGCCGCCGCCCGCGAAGAGGGUCAAGUACGAACACCACGGCCCGCAGCAGCAACGCCAUCACCUCUCUCUCAGAUCGCCUGCACCUCAACCAUCCCACCGCGAAGCUACCUAUCGCCACGACGGUGCCCAGAAACAAGCAUCGGCUGCGAAUGCGACAAGACGGCCCGAACGCGUGCCCGAAACGCGUCCCAUAAGGCCGCCCGCCAGACCUUCACCUCCCACCCAACAUGCUGCAGCCUCGUCGGCCGGAAUCGGCGCGAGGCAGCUACAAGCCGCACCUGCACCUUCACCACUACCACCACCGCAAGACCUAUCAGCUCAUGGAGGCAAACGAGAGCAGAGAGCGGUGGGACGUAUAUCCCGCGACAGGUCGGAGAUGCGAUGGGAGCCGAAUUCGAGGCCAUAUCUGUACCAGAGAACGCGGCGAAAGCUGAGAUACCUUGGCAGCCAACCUCACCGAAUGGACUGCAAAGACGGUAGUGUGGUCCACGUUGACUUCACAGCUGCUGAGGCCAACCUGGUGCUCAGUGUCCUGGCGCGCGAGCCAGUCCCAGACUCUGAGCUAGCCAGGGGCCGCGUUCUUGACAAAACCAUGCUCAAGGGUCUGGCCAGGAGGGGUCUUGCGGACAAGGUCCGGCUUAAAGAGCUGGCUACACUCAAGAUGCCAGGCAGGGCGAAAGAGGAUAUCAUAUCCUUCGUCAAGGACAUAGCGAAGGGCGCCGUUGGGAUAGGUCAAAUAUUCGUUCUCAAGCAUCAAGAUGGCACCGGCAGCAGGGACGAACAACGUAAUGCGGACUUCUUUCGUUUGCUUGCCACCAGGCAAACGUUGGGAAGCAACCAUGACGCGUUCGUUCUGGGUGACACAUACGUGGAUGUCCGCUGUGGACUCAGCAAUGCAGUCGAAGAUGAGUUGAGCUUGCGAAGAGAGUGGCAUGGCGCUGCUGGAGACAUUAUUACUCUGUCAUGGACUUCGGACAAUGCCUUCAUCGCAGGGGCGACGACACAUAGCGACCCCUGGAAUCAACAGUAUAAUAAAAAGGGCAACCUCAUGCUGGGCUCAGUCCCGAACAAGACCAUCCGCAUGUUCCCGGACCAUCGAAUCCUGAGGCCCAUUGUUGAUAAGGGUGACAAUGCGACUGAUGAGAUGGUUCAAAGUCAGUCCCCAUGGUUAUAUACGUCGGUGGUCUUUUCGGCAUAUGAUGACGGCAUUGCAUAUACCUGCGGGUUCGACAACACGGCCAAAAUUUGGACCGUGAAAGACGACGGCACAUCUAUGAAGCUUAUGGGAACAUGGCCUCAUGCGGGAAAGGUCAACUAUGUAGUGCCUUCCAUACACCGAGAGGCCGACGAGUCUUUUAGGAUGGUCGCCACGGCCGCAGAUGUGUCCCCAGAUGCUGUUCGCGUAUACCGGAUUAACAAAUGCGAUACCAACAUCUCGGCUUGUCAAUACAGGACCUUUUCAGCCAGCCGCACCACUGGCGAAGGUAGCGACAAAUGGGCAUAUUGUCCCGCCACGAUGGCAUGGGGCCGGACGCCCGGCCUGACUGGGCAUCUCCUUCUCGUUGGUUAUUCUCCGCGAAGCCUCAGCGACAACGACAACGACAUUCCUGAAGACAAACGCAACUCGGGUGAGCUGCGCCUUUGGGAUGGCAACACAGGCGAGGCUUGGAAGGUAUCUACGGCGUCCAUGUGCAACGUCUUUGAGGUCGCCUGGCACCCGAAUAAAAAGGUUUUUGCGGCUGCCGUGUCGCCGUCGGGUGAAAGGGGAGACGAGACCAGAACUCAAAUCCGUCUGUACUCGUCGUACAAAAUUGGCGAGUCUGCGAACAAGGUUUAUUCCGAGUUCAAAUGCCUCGACUGCGUGGCAACGGGGAUCAACUACGGCCUAACCAUCAUGCCAUAUGGACCUAGGGCAUCCUACGUGGCGGCGGGUUGUACAGACGGCAACACCUACGUCUGGGAUACGGAAGCUCCCGAGAGCACGCCAUGUCAAGUGCUCUGCCAUGGACGACCAAUUCUUGACCCGAUCGAAGACCUCGAGACUGAAGACGUUGGAGUGCAGUUUAUGGCCUGGGGAAAAUCCCUUGAGCGACUUUACACAGGAUCGACAGACGGCACCGUCAAGGUGUGGAAUGUCCGCGCCGAAGGUAAUCCUCUGGUGAGGGUGCUUUUGAAAUGCAAGCGGGCUGUCACGUCAGGCGCCUUUUCUCCUGACAAAUCAAAGCUCAUUAUCGGCGAUGCAAGCGGUGCCUUUUAUCUGUUGACGACUCAUGAUAAUGCCGAAGAUGAAUGGGAUGGCGAGGAGGAAACACCAACAAAAUGUAGCCAAGUGGAAGAACGGGUCAUUCGGAUCCCAUGUGAAGACGGGAGCUUCGUCACGCGACGCCUGCCCAAUGUUGUCGAUCCGCACCCAGAUCCUCCAGAUCCCACGCACGAUGCAGCCGGUAACCUUCUUCGGCAGGAAGUCGGCGUUCAGCCGGGGAAGUUGUUUCUGGAUCAGCAGCAGCUGGUGCUCCACAAGAGUCGUCUGGUCGGCGCGGUUCAGGGCCCACGAUACGCCGAGACGGGCCUCUACCGCUUGGAUUACCACAUGGACAAAACCGAUGGGCAAUCGCCCUUGCUGGCUAUGCACGAAAGACAGCAGCAGGAGAGCAAACUCCAGUACUCCAAAACGACCGUCGUGGGAGCAAGAUCCCGGCGGGGGAUCUUCCGGCGGGCUGAUGAUGCCCAGGACCGAGUCGCGGAGCUACAUCGGCAGAACGUCGCCAAGAGCUUUGAUAUAAGCAGUCUGGAUCAUGAUACCCGACGUGCGCUCGAGGCAGAGGGCGCUGAGCUGAACCCCGACCUGCUUGAGUAUGAUGAUGACAGCGAUGAGAGUGAAGACGAUGCGCAGGCUAUCGAUGAUGUUAUGAUACUAAGUGAAUAG